CACAGUAUAAUUUACACCUAAGUGAAGUGUGAAAAUGGCUAGAGUUGUCAUUAGAGUUAGACCAUUGAAACAGGAGGAGAUAGAAAAGCAGACACCAGUCAUAAUCAGGAACAGUGGACAGGUCAUUACAUUGAGAAAUCCUCUUGAAGACUCUGAAACAAAAUCAUUUCAGUUUGAUUAUACUUAUGGACUCAGCAAAGAUGACAACGGAUACUUACAACCUGCAGCACAAGCUGAACAGAAGCAAAUAUUGACUGAUCUAGUUCCUCGUUUACUGAGGAAUGCUUGGAAAGGAUACAACUGUGCAUUGAUAGCAUAUGGACAGAGAGGAACUGGGAAAUCAGUCUCAAUUUUUGGAAACAAAUCAUAUCAAGGUGCAAUAAGUGCAGUAUGUGACAAGUUAUUUGAUCAGAUACCAUUAGCUAAGGACACACUCUGUCAAGUCAGCAUUAGCAUGAUGGAAGUAUACAAUAAUGAGGUAAGAGACUUAAUGAGUAACAAUGUACAAGAAAGUACAUUAAAAGUCAGAGAAAACAAAAGAAUUGGAUAUUAUGUUGAUGGUUUGAAAGUAUUGGCAGUGGCAACAGUUUCUGAUAUUGAGAGGAUAUUGAAAGAAGGAAAGAGAAACAGAGCUUUAUUGAGCACUGAGAUGAACUCACUCAGCACUCACUCCUCUACUGUACUCUUUCAAUUGAAAUUUGUACAAAAGUGCCUCAAAAAGAGUGGACAGAUAAUUAAUAAAUCCUCAAUAAUAAAUUUUGUAGACCUCCCAGCUACUGGAGCAGAAAGUGGAGUGGUUAAUGAAAGUUUAGAGAAAAACUUGUCAGUAUUUCACUCUGUUGUCGAAGCAUUAAUUGACAAUAAAGAAGCAAAAGUGCCAUUCAAUGACUCUACACUGACAAAGUUAUUAAAACCAGUGCUAUCAGGACAUUCAAAAAUCACACUAAUUGCAAACAUUAGUCCAAUUGAUUCUGAUUACAACAGAACAAUGACUGUUUUAAAAUUUGCUGAACAAUUCAGGAAGAUUGUACUCAAUGCAGGAGUCAAUGAAUCAGUGACUGAUGAAGUUAUACAAAAACUGAGAGAAGAGAAUGCAGAGCUUUUAUCAGAACUGAGGAAUGAAGAGAACCUUGUAUUGAAAUACUCAGACCCAAAAGAAUUUCAAAAAAUAAUGGAAAAGAGAAAAAAAGAAAUCUAUAGAAUUAUAAGGAGUAAUGAAGAAGAAAUUGAUGAACUAAAACAAACUUGGGAGGACAAGCUACUCAUAACGUUACAAAAAAUGCUCAAAGUAGCAGAACUGAGAGAAGCUGCUUUUGAACAAGACAAGGAGACUGUCCCGUAUUUAUGGAAUCUUCAUGAAGACCCACAACUCACGGGAAGCAUUGUUCAUCUUCUUCAACCAAUUCUCAGUUACACUAUUGGUCGACAAACCGAUGACAAUGAAGAUAAAUCAGAUAUAACAUUAAAUGGACUAAGUAUUCAAAGGACACAUGCUGUCAUUACAAAUGAAGGCAGAGAUGGAGCAGUGUCCCUCUCUCCUUGUACAAGCUCUAAAGUAUUAGUGAAUGGUAGACUAGUAGAUAAACCAAUCACACUGCACCACAAUGACAGAAUUACAUUUGGAUGUCAUCAUCUAUAUGUACUCAAUCAUCCAAGGGAAAUGAAGAGUUUGCCAGCUACUAACAAACCAGUAGCAAUAACAUACCUUCAAGCAAUUGAAGACAUUGCAAUCUCUUCAGGUUACACAACAGAAUCUGAUGAUAAUAUUAAAAAGGAAGUGUUUAGGCUCAUACCAAUGGUCCAUGAGGCUAAUAUUAUCAGUGAAGAACUUGAUAAAAGACUAUCUUUUGAGAUUGUUUCUCUGCCACUUAAAGCAAGAGGAGGGAAAAGAGAAACAAAAGUUAUGAUACAAAAGAAGCAAUUGGUGACUGGUAAAAUGAGCCUCUGGUCUGUGGAGUGUUUCUGCUCACGUUACAUUGCAAUGAAAGACAUUUACCAGAAACAAGUGAAAGAAUAUGAUCUCAUAUUAUCAAAUGAUGAAGACCCAUUUUGGGAGCCCGACUGUAAUGAAGCACUCAUGGGACAAGCAUAUGUAUACAUGCAGUACCUUCCUUAUAUGGUACAAAUGGAGGACACUGUUACUAUAUCAGAUCUUGAUGGUCAUAAAAUAGGUCAACUCAAUGUACACGUGCUUCCCCAUAAACCUAACCCAAUACAACCACUUGAUGAUAACUCCUCCAUUGAAAAUACUGAUGAUACACUAGGUAAAAGGAUACAAUUUCAAUUUAAGAUUAAAAAUGCAGUAGGCCUGCCUGAAAGAGCAAAAAAAGGAGUGUUUUGUAAGUUUCAUUUCUUCCUUGAUGUUAAUGAAUCAGUCACCAAAACAAUUGCUGAGACUGUCUCUCCUAAUUUCAAUUACAUGAAGGAGGUCACCAUAGACCCUGUCACCCCUAGUACCCUGUAUUCACUGAGAAAUGAGCCAUUGCUUAUUGAGCUAUGGACAAAAGAGACACAGGUGGAAAAAUGGGAGCCAUCAAGUGUUGAAGAAGAAAUGAAAGUGACAAUGGACACUAAAGAACUUAUGAGACAUGAGAGACAAACGAGAGGUUGUCCAGUUGUAAUAAAAGUACUACAAAGGCAGACAGUUAAGAUUGAAAGUGAAGUGAUGAAAUAUGAACUUGCUACAAUGAAAGCUAAAGUCAAUCAUUUGGAAGCAUCAGUGAAAAGAGUUGAGGACCUUAUUACAAAAGCAGAAGAGAAAAAUGAUGACAAAAUCCUGCUGAUAGAUCUUCAAAAGGCAGUCAAAAAUAUUCUUAAAAAUGAAUAAAAUAGUACAAGAAAUAUAUAUGACUACUUACCAGUACAAUCAUAUUAGUGAAUAAUCUUUUAUUAUUUGUUCAACUUCAACAAAACUCUUCAU